AAGGACCACCAGCUCCUGACACUGGGAGGAGAGAACGUCCUCAAGGUCCGGAAACUCAAGGACGUGCUGAUUCGGGAGCUUUCAAAAACUAUUUUUGGAAAACCCAGAUCCCGGUCUUCAGCCAGCGUCGCCUGCAGUUGCUAGCACUACCCACAAGGGAGAAGCCGACGCUGCAGGGCUCUGCCAAAUGCGCCUCUCUUCCUCUUCUUCAUCUCUGUGGUUAGCCUGGGAAAAGAGCCCGCCUCCUGGCCCAUAAGGCCCUGGGCCGGAAGCUCCGCUUUCUCUUCCUGCUCUCCAUCAUGGCGCAGGAUCAAGGUGAAAAGGAGAACCCCAUGCGGGAACUUCGCAUCCGCAAACUCUGUCUCAACAUCUGUGUUGGGGAGAGUGGAGACAGACUGACCCGAGCAGCCAAGGUGUUGGAGCAGCUCACAGGGCAGACCCCUGUGUUUUCCAAAGCUAGAUACACUGUCAGAUCCUUUGGCAUCCGGAGAAAUGAAAAGAUUGCUGUCCACUGCACCGUUCGAGGGGCCAAGGCAGAAGAAAUCUUGGAGAAGGGUCUAAAGGUGCGGGAGUAUGAGUUAAGAAAAAACAACUUCUCAGAUACUGGAAACUUUGGUUUUGGGAUCCAGGAACACAUCGAUCUGGGUAUCAAAUAUGACCCAAGCAUUGGUAUCUACGGCCUGGACUUCUAUGUGGUGCUGGGUAGGCCAGGUUUCAGCAUCGCAGACAAGAAGCGCAGGACAGGCUGCAUUGGGGCCAAACACAGAAUCAGCAAAGAGGAGGCCAUGCGCUGGUUCCAGCAGAAGUAUGAUGGGAUCAUCCUUCCUGGCAAAUAAAUUCCCGUUUCUAUCCAAAAGAGCAAUAAAAAGUUUUCAGUGAAA